AUGGAAGAUUUGAGAGAUAUCGAGGAUGAGCCCUACAACGACUCACAGGAUUUAGUAGAGUAUGCAACGGAAGACGAUCCUGAUGAACUGGAACAUGGCACCAUGAGUAUCGAUUUGGAAGAUUUAGUGGAAGAAUCCAACCAUCCGGAGGUGACUACUGACGAGGAGUACGAGCAUUAUGAAGACGAUGAAAAACCCAGCAAAAUUCAACUACCCGACAGUGGCAAAACAAUGCAAGCGUUAAAAAAUACAGCGUCUAUUUCGGGUUUGCUAAAGAUUGGCAAUAAUUCCCCGACGAAACGCGCCUCUUCUAAAGUGGUGGUGGUACCACAUACUACCAUAGCACCAACUACGACAACACCGAUGAAAUUACUGAACACUUCACGAUCCUCCUUGCCGUCCACGAUGGCAACAACAUCCUAUCGACUGUUGAACUCGGAUGGCACGAUGAUCAUGAACGUUUCCAACAAACCUGCUGCGAUGAAGAAAAUAAUUACCGUUUCUAAUGCCACCACCACAUCUCAACAAAAUCCAACCAAUAGAAUAGUGCUUAAUGCAAAAGCACAGGUGCCGCAUAUGCAGCCUCAAAACACAUCAAUGUCUUCGGGAACUGGGCUAAAAACGAUGAAAACGAUCACGAUGAAAACGAUUCCUGGAGGUACGAUUAAAAUGGUACCCCAAACAACAGCCUUACCUUCGGGUUUGCAAGGAACGAUGGUACGAAUGACUAAACCAACAGUUGGUCAAGCAGUUCCAUUGGCAGGAACAACUAAAAUAAUGAAAACCAUUCCGAACACUGGAGGAAACGAAAUGUCAAAGGUAAUUUUAAAGCCUGCUUUCCCCAACACUGGAGCGAAAAGAAUUAUCACACCUGCUAAUGCACCGCUGCAUGCGGUCACUCUGCCUGGUGGGAAGGGAGUACAAUAUGUGCGAUUAUUAAAUCAGCGACCAGCCGCUACCGCCGUGCAAAAGAUAGUGAUGCAAUCGCCAGGUAAGACAGGUGGCAUCAUUUCGAGUUCCGCUGCUUCUACCGUGAUCAACACUGGUUGUACGACGAGUUCCGCCGGUACCAUCCAACCAGGACCAUCGAAAUUCGUCAUGCAAAACAAUAAAACAUUCGUCAUACGCAACGGUACUACAAACUUAGCGGCAAUGCCAACGAGUACCACAACAGCUAUCGGCAAACCGUCCGUUCUAUCCGCUGGUAGAAAGAUUAUUUUGAACUCGAAGGCCAACUCUGGUACCACUCGUAUUGUGCUAGCGAAAGAAGCUAGCAAAAAGUUAAAUACCAUACAAACAGUGGUGCAAAAGUCACAGCUUCCUUCAAAUGGUGCAUCAACCUCUGCCGAAGAAGGUGGUACACAUGUGGUGGUGCAAAAGCAGGAACAGCUUGUUGUAGAACCGGUGAAGGUAAAUUUGGGUCAUCCGACCCAAUUGAAUGCCAGCACGGUCGGCAAAGGUGGGGCUGAUGCUUCUAAAGAGGUUUCGAGGACACUGACCACGUCUAGCUUCGGAUUUCCGGAGGAGGCAUAUAAAAAGAGACCGUGUAAUUGCACAAAGUCCCAGUGUUUGAAGCUGUACUGCGAUUGUUUCGCUAAUGGGGAGUAUUGCUACAACUGUAACUGCAAAGAUUGCUUCAACACGUUCGAUCACGACCAUGAGCGCCAAAAAGCGGUUCGUUCAACGUUGGAGCGCAAUCCUAAUGCUUUUAAGCCGAAAAUUGGAUCAAUCGGAUCGACUGAUGAUGGAACGCGCCUACACACGAAAGGCUGCAAUUGCAAACGGUCUGGAUGUUUGAAAAAUUACUGCGAAUGUUACGAAGGCAAAAUACCGUGUUCUAGCAAUUGUAAAUGCGUAGGUUGUCGCAAUACUGAAAAUUUUGAUAUGGUUUAUGAGUACUACUCUUCCAACGAUGCAUCGACAAAGUCAGUCGAGGAGGGAUCCAAUAGCAACAUUCUUAUCAUACCUGACAAAGUGGAAUCUGCCGAAGGCACUACUAGACGUUCUAGCUCAGAUAUGGUGGGACUGAAACGAUCUGCUUCAUAUCUGGAUACCGAUUUGUCUCAAUUACCCCCAACCAAGCAGCCGCACAACUUUAUGACGAUGGAUGUAAUAGAAGCGACCGUUCAGUGCAUGGUAGCACAAGCAGAUGAAUGCAUGAAGCGUGGCUGCAGCAUGCGUACUUCCGAACUAAUGAUUUUGGAGGAGUACGGUCGUUGCUUACUUGAAAUUAAGGAAUUUGCAUUCAAUACGGAAAAUUAA